GGUGGUGAACCUUCCUGAAAUUGUAGCGUUGUGUUUGACGAAGGAGUUGGUACUGGUUGAGGCUGUGUUGGUGACGGAAUGGCGCUGGUGUUCGGCGUUCUCUUCGCAGUUGCCCUUCUACUCCUGGUGAAAUUCCUGAGAGGAAGGAGGUGCAGAUCAAAGUUAACAAGCCCUCCACUUGAGGAUAUUCUUCCAAAUUGCAUCAUUUUUGUUAGUUUGGCUGUAUCUACUAGGCAGAGGAAUUUAAGACCUGGAGAGCCGCCAAUAGUACGAGGCUGGAUUCCAUUUAUUGGAAAAGCAAUUGAAUUUGGUUGUGAUUCUUUCGGAUUUCUUCUUUCUUGUCAGCAGAAAUGGGGAGACAUCUUCACGGUAUAUAUGACAGGCAAAUAUAUUACUUUUAUCUUAGAUCCAUUCCUUUACCAGUUAGUCAUUCAGCUUGGGAAACAAUUAGACUUCCAAGAAUUUUCAACAACACUUUCAGCAAGAGUAUUUGGUCACCCUUUAAUGAGUGACCCCAAAAUUCCCGUAUCCUUCGAAGAGAUUCGCAAGCUCUAUAACUACUUACAGGGGGAUGAGUUAAUUAUUUUGCAUAAAAGUACGACUGAAAAUCUUCAGAACAUAAUGAGACAAGAGCAGGUGGGAUCAACAGAAUGGAGAAUUGAAUACAUGUAUGACUUUUGUUGCCGAAUCAUCAUUGAAGCCAGUUAUGUAUCUCUGUAUGGAAAAGCACCAAAGGAUGAACAAAAAAAAAUUGCUGAACUAAGGGAGAAAUUCCUUAAGUUUGACCAAAUGCUUAUGUACCUGGCUGCAAGGAUUCCCAUUGAACUUCUAGGAAACACAAAAAGAAUUCGCAAGGAACUGAUUAGUUACUUUACAUCAAAGGAAUUGGACCAACGGCUAAAUAUGGCAAAAGUAAUACAAGCCAGAAAAGACUUUCUUGAUGGCUAUUCAUAUCUUCAGGAUGAUCAGAAAGCAGCACAUCAUUUUACCUUACUGUGGGCUGCUGUUGGAAACACGGUUCCAGCUGCGUUCUGGACCCUAUAUUACAUUGUGAAGAACCCAGAAGCCCAUGCAGCUGUGCGAGAUGAAAUUGACCACGUGUUACAGGCAGUAGGCCAGCGGCCAAGCCCUGACUUCAAUAUCGCCCUCAGCAAAGAAGUUCUAGACAGCAUGGUGACCUUAGGAAGUGCAGUAGAUGAAGCCCUUCGUUUAUGCAGCUCCUCAAUGAACAUCCGAUUCGUCAAAGAGGAUAUAAAUGUAAGCUUUAAGGAGGGAAAAGGAAUCAAGCUGAGGAAAGGGGACUUGUUGGCCCUUUGUCCUCAAAUUCUACAUAUGGACCCAGAGGUUUUUGAAGAUCCUGAGGUGUAUAAGUAUGACCGUUUUAUAGAAAAUGGAAUGAAGAAAACCACUUUUUACAAAGGAGGAAAGAAACUUCGGAAUUAUUUGAUGCCUUUUGGUUCUGGAUCUAGUAAGUGUCCUGGGAGAUACUAUGCACUCAGUGAGAUUAAAAUGUUCAUUUCACUGAUGCUGACUGCUUUUGACCUCGAAAUAAUCCAUAAGGAAAGGCCAGUAAUGCCAAGUAAAAAUCGUGCUGGUUUAGGGAUCAUACAGCCAGAAUCUGAUGUCCAGUUUCGCUAUAAAUUGCACCAAUGAGGAAGCUUGUUAAACUUCUAGUUAGGGUGAUAAAAUUAUAUACCGGUGAGUCAUUCUGGAGAAUUGUUUGAUACUUAGUUGACAAAAACAAUGAAGUGUUCUGUAGCUUUAGCAUACUAAAUUUUGGGAAUUCUCUUUGUAUUCUUUCUUGGGGAGUAGAAUAAAGCAACUUCAUACUUACAGGUGUAAUGCCCUGAUUCGCAACUUUACUGUUGUGCGGUAUGUAUUUCAUUCAGUUCUAUUAGUUCUGCUUUCAGCCUGUUUGGGUUAUUGUUGAAGAUAAGAGAUGAUGAGGAAUGUGUGCCAUCCAUAGGAUGCUGGAACUGGGAAGGGAGGUUUUUUUGAUGAGGGACAAUGAGGUUGGUCUUGGGGCUUUUGUUCGGCGGGAGAUAAAGAGAGAAGACGCUGGGGAGGACCAGUCGUUUGUUCAAGAUGGAUUGUGAGCAACAUUCAAAAGUUGGUGUGUGCUUUCACACAGACCAAGGACCCAGCCCCUUAGUGACAGGGAGGUUCAAGAUGGGCUUCAACUUGUGCACAUUUGACUGUUUAAUUAAAAUGGGGCCUUCUCUUUUGUUUUCAUUACUAACUCUUAAGUUAAGAUUCAUAAAUAUAAUUCCUUUAAUUGUAUGCAGUGUACUGUCUGUUAUUUCGUGGCACUAAUUAACAGGGUAGCAAAUUACACAGCAUCCACAUAAACCGGGGUUUGGGGUGAGAGAGCCGUCUGAAUCGCAUGAGUUUGGCAGGACUGGAGAGUGUUUUCCCUAGACUUACGCAGCCAAGGAAACCAGGGUGUUUCACAGGUGUUAUAUUAUUGCUUUAACAGACGGAAAAACCCUUGCAGACUCAAAAGCCUGAUUUAUGCUCUCCAUUUGUGAGGUAUUAUCUUGGCUUCUUUUCUAAAUAGUUGAAUUUUAAAUUGAUGCAGAGACAGGGAUAUUCGAGGUAGUGUAUCUUUGAAGGUAGAAAAACAGCUGAAAUGACAGUAGAAGAGGUUAUGAGAGCUUUAAUAGGUUAGAUUGCAACUGGAAAGAAAAAUGGGAUCAAUAUUUCUAGUGUGCUGAGUUUCCAGCAUUUUCUGUUUUUAUUUCAGAUUUCCAGAAUCUACACACUAUUAUUUUUUAUUUUCCAUCUAAGUUAAAUUUAACUCAAAGCACGCCACACUUUAAGAAAGAUGUCAAAGUCUUAGAAAGGGUGCAGAAAGAUUUGUGUGUGGAUGCUCUUCCGGUAGAUGAGGAGCUGAGAAAAUGUGGAAGUGGUUACAGCAGAGAAGUUUAAGCUGAGGUUUGAUAGAGAGGUAAAAAUGGGAACAGGUUGAAUGGAGUUGGUAUGGAAUUUCCAAUCAGAUGGUCAGAACCACUGAAUGUUUAAAGCACAGAAGAGAUCCGUUGAGCCUGUGUUGUCUUGAUAAACAAUUAAUCCUUCUAGUCCCACUUCCGGCCUCUCCUCAUAGCCAUGAAAGUUCUUCCCUUUCAAUUAUUUGUCCAGCUCCCUCCUGGGCACUGUGAUUAACUUUGCCAUCGCUAGGAUCCCUGGCAGUGCAUUGCACAUUGUAAUUAUCAACAUACUAGAGACUGCAGAUGCCCGAGUCUCAAACAAAAAUAGAACAGUGGAGGAGCUCAGCAGGUCAAGCAGCUUCUGUGGUGGUAAAAGAUGUAGGUGGACAUUUUGAAUUGAUACCCUGCAUCAGUCAGGACUUAGAGUGAAGAGGAAAGAUUGCCUGUGUAAAGUAGUACGAGAAGGUGAGUGGGACAGAGACUGGGAGGUGAUGGAAGGAACUGAAUGAGGUGGUGGAGGGUAAUAUUAGGUAAAUGGAACAAGUGGGGCAAGAAAGGGGGAGAGGAUAGAGACGAUGAACACAAAGAGAUGUAGGUGGAUGGUGACUUGUGUGGGAAGUGAUAACAGGGGUGUGGGUUAUUAAGAUAGGAAAAUGCAAUGAUCACAUCAUUAGGUUAUAAGCCACUCGAGAGAUGUUUUUCUUCCAAUUUGCGUGGAAAAUGUGAGGACAAACAGAUCAACCUGAGAGUGGGAAAGGUGGUUAAAAUGAUGUGCUACUGGAACCUCAAGAUGCCCUUUCAGACAGAGCUCAGGUGCUCUGUUAAACAUUUGCCUGGUCUAGUGUUGUCUCCAAUGCAGACAAGGCCACAUUAUGUGGACCGAAAGCAGCUGGAAGAGGUGUAAGUAAGCCUCAGCCUCGUUUAGAUCCUUGCACAGUGGUGAAGGAGGAGAUGGAAGGGCUUGUGGGGCAUUAGGUUCCCUACGGUUAGACCAUAAGACACGGGAGCAGAAUUAGGCCACUCAGUCCAUCGAGUCUGCUCCGCCAUUCCGUCAUGGCUGAUUUAUUAUCCCUCUCAACCCCAUUCUCCUGCCUUCUCCCCAUAACCUUUGACGUUCUGACUAGCCAAAAACCUAUCAACCUCUGCCAUCCAUGGCAGUGAAUUCCACAGAUUCACCACCCUCUGGCUAAAGAAAUUCCUUCUCCUCUCUGCUGUAAAUGGAUAUCCCCCUAUUCUGAGUGUGCCCUCUUGUCCCAGACUCACCCACUAUAGGAAACAUCCUCUGCACAGCCAGUCUGUCCAGGUCUUCCAGUAUUUGAAAGGUUUCAAUGAGAUCCCUCCUUAUUCUUCCAAACUCCAGUUCACCAGAUUGAUUCCUGGGAUGGCAGGACUUUCAUAUGAAGAAAGACUGGAUGAACUAGGCUUGUACUCGCUGGAAUUUAGAAGAUUGAGGGGGGAUCUGAUUGAAACCUAUAAAAUCCUAAAGGGAUUGGACAGGCUAGAUGCAGGAAGAUUGUUCCCGAUGUUGGGGAAGUCCAGAACGAGGGGUCACAGUUUGAGGAUAAAGGGGAAGCCUUUUAGGACUGAGAUUAGGAAAAACUUCUUCACACAGAGAGUGGUGAAUCUGUGGAAUUCUCUGCCACAGGAAACAGUUGAGGCUGGUUCAUUGGCUAUAUUUAAGAGGGAGUUAGAUAUGGCCCUUGUGGCUACGGGGAUCAGGGGGUAUGGAGGGAAGGCUGGUGCAGGGUUCUGAGUUGGAUGAUCAGCCAUGAUCAUAAUAAAUGGCGGUGCAGGCUCGAAGGGCCGAAUGGCCUGCUCCUGCACCUAUUUUCUAUGUUUCUAUGUUUCUAAUAGAACAACAGCCAUCAAACAUUCCUGAUAUGUUAACCCUUUUAUUCCCAGAAUCAUCCUCAUGAACUUCCUUUCCAAUGCCAGCACAUGCUUUCCUAGAUAAGAGGCCCAAAACUGCUCACAUUACUCUAAGUGCAGUCAGACCAAUGCCCUAUAAAGCCUCAGCAUCAUAUCCUUACUCUUAUGUUCUAGUCCACUCUAUCCAUUCUCAACUCUCUUUUACUCUUUAUUUUUGUGUUGUUUUAAAAGUUUCUCAAUCCUCGAACUUCUCAUUAAUUUUUGUGAAUUAUAUGCCCUCUUCUUUUGCUUGUAAUGCUGUCUUUGACUUCUCUUGUCACCCCUGGUUGCCUCAUCUUCCCUUUAGAAUACUUCCUCAUCUUUGACACCGAUCCUAUGUUUUUUGAAUAUCCCCCUGCAAGGUGGUGGGAUCAGACUGUAGCCAGCAAAAAAAUCCUCCAACGUCCCAAAGAUGUGUUGGAUGGCAUGUUAAAGGGCCACUGUAAAUUUCCUCAUUUGUCUAGAUAGGUGGUAGAAUCAAGGGUGGGGGUGGGCACCUUUGGGAAACUCUAGCCAUUGCUGUUCUGCCGUCAUCCCUGCUAGUGUGCCCUUCCAAUCAACUAUGGCCAACCCUUCUCUCAUGCCUCUGUAAAUCCCUUUACUCCACUGUAAUACUGAUAUAUCUGACUUUAUCUUCCCCCUCUCAAUCUGAAGGGUGAAUUCUAUCAUAUUAUAAUUACUGUCUCCCAAGGAUUCCCUUGUCUUAAGCUCCCUAAUCAAAUCUGGUUCAUAAUAAAACACCCAAUCUGGAAUUACUUUUCCCCUUGUGGGCUCAACCACAAGUUGGUCUAAAAAGCCAUCUGAUAGGCUUUCUACAAUUUCCCUUUCUUGUUAUUCAGCUCCAACCUGCUACUCCCAAUCUAACUGUAUAUUGAAAUCCCCUUAACUAAUUAAAUACCUUUGCCCUAAUUAAAUACCUUUUUCUAUUUCCUAUCGAAAUAUAUGUCCCACAUCCUGGCUACUGUCUGAGGGCUUUUAUAUAACUUGAUCAGGGUCUUUUUACCCCUGCAGCAUCUUAACUUUACCUGCAAGGAUUCUACAUCUUCAGCUCCUAUGUCACCCCUUUUUAAGGAUUUGAUUUCAUUUUGUACCAACGGAGCCACCACCCCCACCCACCGCGUACCUGCCUGUCCUUUUGAUACAAUGUAUAUCCUUGGAUGUUCAGCUCCUAACUAUGAUCUUCGUUCAGCCAUGUCUCAGUGAUGCCCACAGCAUCGAGCCUGCCAAUCUUUAACUGCGCUACAAGAUCAUCUACUUUAUUCUGUAUACUGCGUGCAUUCAAAUAUAACACCUUCAGUCCUGUAUUCAUCACCCUUUUUGAUUUGGCCCACAGUUAUCCCACCGACUGCAAUUUUGCCCUGUGUGUCCAUCCUCACAGUCUUGCUACAUACUGCCUCAACUUGUGUACUGUCUGCCUCAGCCUCAGCUUUAGCAAACCUAUUCACAAGGAUAUUGGUCAUGUCUGGGUCCGGGUGAACCUGUUUAUUCCCCAGCAGAGAUCUCAAUGACCCAGAAAUCAGUUGCAGGAGGGAUGGGGGAGGUGUGGGUGGGAAGGGAUCAGGAAAGCAGAUAGAGGGGAGAACUGGUGGUGGGAUCACAUUUAAGGCAUCCGUUAGUCUUGCAAGACCAUGGAUCUGCACCUGGAAAGUCUUCGCUCUCCAGGGUGCAAGCCUGGGCAAGGUUGUAUGGAAGACCGGAAGUUGCCCAUGCUGCAAGUCUCCCCUCUCCAUGACACCGAUGUUGUCCAAUGGAAGGGCAAGGGCCAAUACAGCUUUGCAGCAGUGUCGUCGCAGAGCACUAUGUGGUUAAGUGCCUUGCUCAAGGACACAACACGCUGCCUCGGCUGGGGCUUGAACUCACGAGCUUCAGCUCGCUAGUCGAAUGCCUUAACCACUUGGCCACGUGCCCACACUGUAGCCAGUAAAAAUGGCAAAAGAUGAUAUGUUAGAUGCAAAGGCUGGUGAGAAGAAAGUGACAGCCAAGGGAACUUUAUCACUAUAAUCUCUAGGGAGAGGAUGGAUGAGAGAUUGCAUUUAGAAAAUGUUUUGAAUGUGUGUGAGGGUUCCAUUAGAAGGGAAGACAUCCUUCAGGAAGUAGGUAAAUAUUCAUCCUAACCCUAGACCAGAAGGCCUCAUGCAGUGGAGACAAAUUGAGGAAAAAGGGAACACAUCCUUACAGGAAGCAGGGUGGGAAGAGGUUAGCUGGGGUAGCUGAAGGAGUUUGUGGUUAUAUAGAAGAUGUCAGUAGUAAAUCUUUCUCUUGAGAUGAAUAUAGAGAAAUAAACAAAAAGAAAUGAAUUGUCAGAGACGGUCCAGAUGAAUUUGAGUGCAGGGUGGAAGGGUGAUGAAAUUGAUCAGUUCCACCUCAGUGAGCAGAAUCAAUUUGGUUAUCAAUAUAGCAGAGAAAUAGUUGGAAUUGCCAGUAUAGACUUGGAACAUGGACUAUUCCAUAAAGCCAGCAAAAAUACAUGAGAGUGUCCAAGGCUGCUCAUUUGAUUGUAGAAAAUGGGAAAAAUCAAAAGAGAUGUAGAUGAGGUUAAAAACAAAUUCUGCAGAACAUUUGUUAGUGGAGUGGAGCUGCUUGGGUCUUGGUUAAAAAAAGAAACAAGGAACUUCUCGAUGAGUGAUGGAGAUGGACAUCAUUAUUAAAAUGAACCAUUUGGGACCAAGGAAUUGGAAGUUAUCACAAUGGUGGCAGGCACAGGUUUCUUAGUUGUAAGUAGGACAAGAGAAGACAGGAUGGAGACUGGGUAUGAAGAAAUGAGUACAGUGGGGCAAGAGCAGGCAGAAACAUUGGAUUUACUGGGGUCUUAGGUUAGAGAUAGUACACAGAGUUAGGAUAUCAUGAGCUAGAAGCUGUGGAGAGACCCUUUCUACUGGGUGCCUAAAAAAAUUCUCAAAUCAUUCUUGGAUCCUUUGCUAAUCGUCCAUUUUUUGAUCACUUUGCCAUUGGGAGGUUUCACUCUACCCUCUGUUUCUAUACCCUUCAUGGAUCAAAAUACCCUUAUCAGAUCAUCUGUUACGGUGAUGGGCAUUAUUUCUUAAAAUGGGCACCACAGUAGCAUAACUAGUAGAGUCAGAAACCCAGGUUCAACACUGACCUCAGGUUUUGUCUGUUGGCGUAGGUUUGCUCAAAGUGCCCUGGUUUGCUCCAACAUCCCAAAGUUAUGUUGGUUGGCAGGUUAACGGGCAACUGUAACUUUCUCUUUUUGUCAGGAUAGGUAGUAGAAUUUGGGGUGGAGGGCACAGAGAGUUGAUAGGAGUGUGGAAGAAUGCAAUAUGUGUGAAUUAGAACUGCUAUAACUGGGUGAUUGAUGGUUGGUACAAGCCUUCUGAGCUGUGGGGUCUGCGUCUAUGCUGUAUCUCUCUAUAACACUGUAAUAUUUUCCACGCUAUUUUUUCUGAUAGUAAAAUCAGUGAAGCACAGGAUGAAUAAUGCAAAACAAAAACAAACUCUUUUCCUCCAUAAACAUUUUCUGUAUAUAACUAUACUAUGUUGUAAUAACAAAGUAAAAAGUAUUUACAAGCAUAUAAGUACAGUAAUCUACUUCACUUCUGUAAGAGAUUAACAGUGUGUAAUACUUUGAAAUCACUUUUAUAUGUAAGAAUCACAUUAAAUCAUGUGAAUGAUUCUUAAAAUAUGAUGCUCUGCAAAAGUUGUCAAUAAACAGUAUCUGUAAAACUCAUUGUCAGUAAAAAGUGCCUUAGAUGGUUCUAAUCUUCUUGUACAUACGCAUACUUUAAUAAAUCUGUUCA